CAAGAGCUGAUAUUGAAGUUUUAACUUUGUUUGAAUUAAAAAUUGGAGGAUAUGAAGUUUUUAAUGCUAAAUUUUCUGAAAAAACUUUAAAUACAAUAUUAUUAGAAAUUUCUUUAAUUUAUUUUUCAAAGAAAUUCCUCGA